AUGUCCCAGGACAGACAGACAGCUCAGGAGAUGGAUGUACAGCCUGAGAAGGAUCCCCUUGCUGCUGCCAGGGAGAAAAAAGGAGCACCAGAGAAUACUGCAGAGUCACCAUUGUGUCCCCGGUCAUCUCCUAUGGGGAUCACAGAGGAGCACACACGGCACAAAGGCUUUGCCAGCUUGGUGUGGGGGGCCACGCCGGGGAUGCUGUUCCGGAAGAACAGGGACAGGAGCCUUCAUCCCUUUGACCUGUCCUGGGUGUUUGGCUACAACAGCAGCCUGGCUGUGCACAGCCUGAUGGACGGGGAGGACCGAGUGCUCCUGUACGUCUCCUCCCACAUAGUGGUCGUCCACGAUAUCCUGCGGAACAGGCAGUUCCACCUGCAGGGUCACACGAAUGUCAUCUCCUGCCUGUGUGUGAGUGAAGACAAACGCUGGGUUGCAACUGCUGACCGAGGGCCAGAUGCUCUGAUCAUCGUGUGGGAUUCCUACUCCGGGGUACCUGUGUGCACCAUCUUCGAGACUCACUCAGAGGACGGGAUCUGUGCCAUUGCCAUUUCCCAGGAUGCCAAGUAUUUGGUGACCAUUAGUGCUGCUGCUGUGCAGAAAGUUUGUGUUUGGAGAUGGACUUUGCCCACAGACAAAGUUAUAUGCAGCACAGAGCUGAAGCCUGAGUUUGGGUAUCAGGAUUAUGUCAUUUUUAACCCUCAGAAUCCCCAUGAGUUUGUCAGCAACAGCAAAACCCAGGUGAUAUUUUUCCUGUGGGAUACUUCUGGCUUGCAGUAUGGGACACCAUUCCUGAGCAACCAGACCUUCAAGUGCCUGGUGGGACAGUUCAGCCAGUCAGUUUUCCAUUUUAACAACACCCAAGCUCUGACGGGCACCUCGGCCGGGAAGCUGGUGGUGUGGGACAUGGACAAUCCCCGCACUCUCCCCGAGGAGCUGCCGGGCAAACCCCACGGGAUAAAAGCCACCAAAGUGGUGUCAAUGCAGAAGGAGAGUCUUACCGUGCUCCAGGUGUUGGAGAGUUGUAUAGUCACAGGUGAUGUGGAAGGACAGGUUAAAUUCUACGAUGGGCAGCUGCGGCUCCUCACCAUCUACAGCCAUGACAAAGUGGGUCCCAUCCGGUCCAUCUCCUUCUCCACAACCCUUCGUGAUCCUCCCAGUGCCCCCCCAGGCAGCAGCCAGCCCUUUCUCACCAGGAACUUUAUCCUUUCAACCUCUGAUGCAACCAUGUUCCAUGUUGCAACAGACAGCACAAACUUUGAAAGAAUCAUGGAAGAGGCAAAGAGAGCUGUGAAUGCCAUUGCCUGCCACCCGCAGGAGCCACUCGUGGCUGUGGGGAGUCACUGUGGGCUGCUGAAGGUGUGGGAAUACAAGCAGACAAAGUACCUCGUUAGCAGGAUAUUCACUGAGGCUGGCAUCCAGUGCUUAUCCUAUGAUCCUGAAGGCCAUUUUCUGGCUGCUGGUUUUACUGAUGGAAGCGUUUACAUCCUUGAUGCAAUUUCCCUUCAGUCCAUCUGCAAGGAAUUCCAGUUCUCACAAGGUCCCGUGACUCACAUCAGCUUCUCUCACGAUUCCAAGUACCUCGCAACCGCUGAUGAGAAUUAUUCAGUGACAGUUUACAAGAGAGUCCUGGAGAAUGGGAGCAGAUGCUGGGAACACCUGGCAGGGCUGGACUCCCACUACAAACCCAUCCGGAGCAUCCUCUUUGGGAUCCACUCGGACAGCAAGGAGCCCAGGCUCCUGAGCCUCGGGGAGGAUCGGCAGCUGGUUGAAUAUGACCUGAAGAGCAGCAUCAAGGACCACUUGGUGGUCACGCACAGAGACAGGCUGGAGCAGGAUGCUGUGCCCCUGUGCUUGACCUGGUACCCACAGCUCAGCACCGAGUCCUUUUUCCUCACUGCCAACAACUGCUACAAAAUGAAGCUCUAUAACACGACAACAAAAAUGUGCAGAAAGACCCUUUUGGGACCAAUCUAUGGCUCUCCCUUGGAGAAGAUACAAAUCCUCCCUAGGACAAGCUCUGCAGACCCUCAGCAACACUACCUGGUGUACAUCACAAAGGACAAGGUGGGCUUGCAGAUGCUGCCUAUUGAUGGCAACCCCCACAAGUCCUCAGCCUUCAUCUGCCACCCGGAUGGUGCCUCUGACUUUGCCGUCUCCCACGAUGGGCGUUACAUCUUCACAGCUGGGGGCAAGGAGCGAACUUUCAUGAAAUGGAAAAUCAACCUACCUGCCUUGGAUGCUGCUGCUUUCCUGGGUGGGGAGGACUUGAUCCCAUUCUACAACCUCCUGGAUGGUGGCAGAGAUGGCAAAUUCUUCAGGGAACUGGAGGACUAUUUUUACUACGUACAGCUGUGCAGCCAAGGUAUCACAACACUGGAGAGAAGACAGGUGUCAACACAUAUUCCCUUGGAGGAAAUUCCUUCUGUAAUGAGAGCAAUAGGAUUUUAUCCAUCAGAGAAAGAGAUUGAAGAAAUGAUAAAUGAAGUAAAAUUCAGCAAGUAUGCAGAUACUGGAGAAGAAGUGACAAAAAUCAAUUUAGGAGAUUUUAUCAAACUUUAUAUAAAUCAUCGACCUGCACUUAGCUUGUCAAUGAAAACCAUACAACGAGCAUUUCAGAUUCUUGGUUAUGAUAACAAGAAGGGAGACAAAGUUAUUGACAGAGGAGACUUCCUGUUACUGCUUCAGUGCAGAGGGGAGAAGAUGACAGAGGACGAGCUGGCUGAGUGUCUGACCACCCUGCUGAGAGGGAGGAGACCCAGGGAAGAGGGAUCUGAACUGGACACCCCCGAUCUCACAGGUGCAGCAGCUUUGUCUGAAGAAGAAAUUCCAGCAGAAAUCACAGCAGAGAUAUUUGUUAGAGACAUUCUUGGCUUACCUAUUGCUGAACCAGAAAAAAAGAACAGAAGGAGAAAGAAGAAUCUUUGAUCUACAGAGGCUCAGAAUUAUAGCUACCACGACAUUUUCUGUUUGUUCUCACUUUCCAGGAUCCUCUCCUCAAAUAUCUGCAAAAUUUAUGGCUUGUGUUUAUUGCAAAGUAAAGGUCACAUAGUUGUAUUUCAGUCAAACUCCAGAGUAAGUCCCCAGUUUGGCACAUGCCACAAACCUGUAAUUUCACACCUAUAUAGGGAAACACUGGAAUGGCUGGAAAGAAUGAAGCAGGUGGCCACUCCAUCCUUGGCUGGAACCUUCCCAGAAGUCAUUUCAGGUGGGUUUAUGCCAGAUGCAGUCUAUUUUCAUUAUGUUAAGAUAGUAUUCAUUUGUGAAACCUGACAGCAAAAGAGCACUGUAAGUGUAUUGUAUUGAUUAAAUACAUUGAUAAAUGCUUUGACAGGUUAGAAUGGAUUUGUAAUUAUAAAUCCAAUGGACCUCGGUAAAGAAACAAAUGCUGUGGUAUCCAUUAAAACCACGCUUCUCUUUUGGCCUUUAAACUGACUUUUCUCUUUCUGAAAGUAGUAAUUCCAAUUAGCAGUGUAAUACCAAUGGGAUGGCAUCGCUCUGUGUGUGUAUAAACAGCAUAAUGAGACUGAUACAAGCUGCUGUGGAAAGAUCAGUGAAGUGCUGUUGAACAGCUUCCUUCUUUACAUCAUCCUCGGCAUCAAUUUGAAUAAUAAUGUAGGCCCUUAAGAAGCGUUCCUUUCAGAAGCAAUGUUUUUUAAACAGAGAUCGCUGUUGUGUACUCAGAGCAUCUGUGAUUGUACAAUUAGCAGGAGCAGCAAGGUGUGCAUUAGGGAGAAGUUAAUGAAAGAGUCCAGCAGUACCACACCAGAGCCUGCAGGUCUGUGACAAAUUUCCUGCAGAGCAUCACCUCCCAUGUAAGUAAUUUACCCUUUAUGCUCAUGUACUUCCAUGGAUCUGUCAGCCUCCACUGCUCAAAAGC